AUGCCAGCGGCAUCCUUAGGGAUCCGUCUAAGAAACCCACAUCACCCGCGGGGCCGGAGUGCUGCACCGCCGGGCGGAGGCCGCCGGCGGCAGCCUGGCGGGGGCGCGGUGGAGUCGGCCGGACCCUUCCUACCGGCGGAACCAAAGCGCGGGGCUGCGAGGCGGCGGGGGCUGCCGCCUCGGUGCACCGCGCCCCGCUCUCCCUUCGCCGGCCGCUGCGGGACGCGGCCCGACAUGCUGCUGCUGCUGCUGCGGGCUGCCGGCUGCCGGCGCGCCGCCCCCCCGGCCUCCGCCGCCGCCUGGCUGCGGGGCGCCGCUUACCGCGGGUUCCCGGCCGCCUGCCGCCGCCGGGCGGUCCUGCCCGCCGCCGCGGGGGCCCAGCAGGUUACAUCUUUUCAAGGAGUGGCUGUUCGCAGCCUCUGCACAUCCUCCCCUCAUGAACACCCAGAACACGGAAGAUUAGUUUAUAAAGGAAAUUUGGCAAAGGCAGUGUUAGGUGUGAGGUUUUUCUCUUACUCCACCAGCAUAUUCAACCUGUUUAUGGUGCCCUACAUCAUGCUCAAAACUGGUAUUGGAUUUGAAAGUCUGCUUAUACAAGCUGCAUUUUAUGGGUUGAUUGGGUUUUUUACAUUUGUAACACCGGUUACUUUGCAUAUCCUUACAAAAGGCUAUGUGAUUCGACUCUAUUAUAAAGAUGAAAUGGACACAUAUACAGCCAUUACAUACAAUGCGAUCUUGGCAGAAAAAGCGACUGUUUUCCACCAGAAAGAUGUAAAGAUUCCAGACAUCACCAAGAUGUUUACAACAUUUUAUGCUAAAACGAAAUCAAUGCUUGUUAAUCCGACACUUUUCCCAAAUCCUCAGGAUUACAACCAUCUCAUGGGCUAUGACAAAUCUUUUUAUUUUAACUUAGAGGAGGAAAAGGAAGGUGGUGAAAGGAAAUAACUAGAAGACAAUGAAUGUCACUAUCAUUGUUCGUGGUGCAGUGCUAUAUAUGUGAAAGAAUGUAAAAUUCUAUUACUUUCUUAAGUAUCAGAUAGCUAGAGUUCCCCAAAUGCAUUUUGGAAUGUAUAAAAAAAAAAACCAAUUUUUUUUAAACUUGUAAACAAUGUGAGGGUUUCUUCAGAGUUAAUGACACAAAACAUAGUAAAAAAAAAAAAAAAAGCUUAGAUCUGUCUUGUGCUUGUUUGUUCUUGGCUUGGUUUUUAUUGCUAACUCUCCAGGAGAACUGUAAAAUGCAUGGGCUGCGUGGCAAUCUCACCAUCUCCAUUUCAAAAGGAACCAUUCAUAUAAGAAAAAUCAUCAAUACUCAUUACCUGUCAAGUACAUAGUUAAGCUUUUAAGCCUUAAAGAUUAAUUGUACUUAAUCCAAAAAGAGUGGGCCUUUUCAUCAAUGCUGCUGGCGGUAUAAAGGGAGUGGAGAUGGCUUUCACUUCCCUUUGUGAAAGCAUCAGUAGCCAGGAGGAGUUGUCAGAAAGCAGACAGGUAUUGUUGCUAGUUCCUGCUACAGCCUCCUUCUAGAGGCCUGCACGCCUCUGGAGAAGAUAGGGGGAAUGGCUGCGUUGCAAUAAUCUCUAGCUACUCACAGCUACUAAAUGGUUUCUUAAGCUAGAGUCCCACUCCGAGCAAGCCUGUCCCCAGAGGUGGAGAACAAGAAGCCUCUCUUUUGUUGGGCGGGGGGAAGCACCUUAGCAUAAGAUUUGCUCUGUGACUAUCCCGUUGAAAACAGGUGCUGUAUUAUUUGAACUGACUUAAAGAAAAUACUAGCAGCUAGUGGUUAAAAUGGAUUCUGUCAGCAUUUAUGAGUAAGGUGAGGAAGCAAACUCCUGUAGAGUACUUUUUACAUCUUGUGCCUUUAAAAAAUAUACCUCUUGAUUUUUAGCGCUGCAAAGGCUUUAGCUCAAGUGAAAAGAGGAUUAGAUCUUUUUGUAUGACUAGACUGGUUAGUUCUGCAUUCUGAGUAUGCAGAAAUUGGAUGUAAAUGUUUUUAGCCCGAGGAGAGGUUUGUCAUGUAAACUGACAGAUACUUGUUUUCAAAUAAUGAAGGGCCUAAAUAUUUUGAGGCUUAAAAAUUACUGAAUUAAAAACAAAAAAGCAAAAUUCAAAUUAAUCCUUUUGUAUUAGCAGUGCCCUUUGUAAUAAGUAAAUCUGAUGCUUGCUACUAAUUAAGUGAUCCUGAUACUGCAAAUAAAGAGAAAAUAAUUAUAGCUACCUUUCCAGAUGUUUCCUAAGUUCUAGCUGAAAAAAUGUAUUUAAAAGUCUAAAUGUCUUCCAAGACUAUUAUUUCAGUUUCCUGUCAUAGGAUGACACUAUAGGUCAUAUUAAAACAUCAGUGUUUCUAAAUGUUGUUUUUCUGACUGUUGAAACUGCUCUCGAUGUACUUGCUGAGUAAUUAAAAAGCAAAUCAUCUCAUCCAGGUGUUUUUGAGGCAGUUCUUUUGUGUGGCACAGCUAUAAUUUUAAAGGCCUGAUCUAGCCCCAUUAAACCAGUAUCACUUCAUAGGUAACAAUAACUUUAAAAAAAAAAAAUUCCAUAAAUGAUAUUGAAGACGUGAGGCCAGUAACAAGCAAUUCUGAUCACCUGAUUGUACUACUUGUCCUUAUUGAACUGAUGU